UUCCCAUGACGUCCCUGCGGCUCCUCUUGGCCUCCCUGCUGGCCCUCGCCCUCACGCUGCCUCCGGGCGCCCUGGGCUCCUGGAACAAAGCCAACACCUUCUGCCACACGGUCGCCCCCGACGGCGAUGGUCGCUCCCGGUUCCUGAGCUUUUUGUGGCGGCGCUCCGACGGGCUCCCGCCCGCGUUGGUCCAAAGCGCGUGGGACUCCCGGGGGCGCCUUCAGGGCUGCGCUUGGAGAGCGGAGCCGUCCCUUACUAGUCGCUACGCGGAGCUGUGCGCGCUUCCUCCACCGACGGGGCCCUGGAGCCGUCGAAGGCGCGGCGUCGGAGGGACCCCCCACGCCCACGGUAGCCCUUUGGUGCGCUCCUACUGGGGGCCGGAGCUGCAGCGACGGCUCGCCGCCUUGGACGCGCAGAAAGACGCCUGCAGGGCGCCUCCGGGGGAGGCCGGAGCUGGCCGUCGGGGGGUCUCGGAAGAUCGGGGGCACAAGCGGGUCCGGCGGGGUUGGACGAUGCCCGGGACGCUUUGGUGCGGAGCUGGCAACUCGGCAGGGAACUUCACCGAACUGGGGGUCUUCCAAGGCCCAGACGUGUGUUGCCGGGAGCACGACAUGUGUGAAGCUCAGAUCACUGCGCUGGACUACAAGUUUGGGAUGCGCAACUUCCGCCUGCACACAAUAUCUCACUGCGAGUGUGAUGAGCGGUUCAAGAAGUGCCUGUUGGAUCAAAACAACACCAUCUCCAACCUCGUGGGCAUCAGCUUCUUCAACCUGCUGGAGGUUCCCUGCUUUGUCCUGGAGAACACUGAGCAGUGCCUGGAAUGGCACUGGUGGGGUGGGUGCAGGGAGUAUGGCCUGAAGCCAUUGGCCCGCUUGGUGGAGCAGAGCUACUACCAUGCCGCCUUGCCAUACGUCGAGAGCUCCAGCCCUGCCACGCCUCCACCCCCACCCAGAAGGCAUUGGGGCAGGGGCAGAAAGCACGGCUGGAAGAAGAACCAGAAGCACCGGAAACAUCCAGAACAGGAUGCCUCGGAAAGCCUGCGGCUGCACCCGAAACGCCCAGGCGCCUCGGGUUCUGUGACUCGACCAAACCUGACCUCCAAGCCGGAUGGGAUCUCACACUUCCCCGUACACACCAGUCCGGGAGCGGUCUCCGUGAACAAGGGGAGAGUGCCUUUGCCACCCACCCUCAGGACUAUGUCAAAACCAGACUUGUUCAGGUCAGGAGGCGUUCACACGACGGCACGUUCAGAUGUGCAGCAAACUCGUGCGAUCGCCGCAAGGCUACCCAACGAGGCAGGGCAGGAAGCGGUGUCAUCGUCUGAUGCCAGCAAACACAACCGCACUCGUAAGCCAGGUAAACCAGCCCGGUCGCAGACCUGCAGCUGCUACCGACGCCUGGACCAGUGCCCGUACAGGAUCGGGCCCAACGAGGUCAAAUACCAGCUGCACAAUGUGGACUCCCGCACCCUCUUCCACUGCAACUGCACCCGCAGGCUGGCCCGGUUCCUCCGGAGGACGAAGGGUCCCAACGAGGUGGAAGAGGAGGUUCUGUCUGGCUAUGUCUCCUCCUCGUGUUUCGCCCUGCAGACGCCUCCAGGUUGCAUGGAAGGAGAGGGCAAGCAAUCCAAUUGCAUUGAUGUGGGCAGAGCCGUCCUGGCCCCGGCACGGCACCUCACCAAUCGGCUGUCACGGACACACAGGGGCUCCCGCCUCAAGGUGAAGCGGCAGGAGUGGACGCCCCCCAGCCAGCCUCUCCGACUGUUCGAUAAAUGCAUGCAGCUGCUGUGAAGGCGCCCACCAGACCCGGCCCCGUUGAGCCGCAGGCAGCCUUUUUCUUUGGACACUGAUGGG